UGUUUGCUUAUUAAGUAAAGAUGGCGGCUCUUGGAAACUAAAAAGUGCUAGAACUCGACAUCGUAGACGUGAUAGGCGAAAUGUGCGAAGCCCUAGUAAUGAUUUAGAAUUACAAAAUAAUAUUCAAAAUCAAGCAGCAUAUGAAAAUGAUGGCGAAUUUGAGGAAUGGUCGGGAAAUAAUAAUAGGUUAGGAAAUGUCGACGGACUUGAGAAUAGGUUUGAAUGUGCUAAUGCAUUUGAAAAUGAAUUUGAAAAUGGAUUGGACUGUGAUGAUGAAUUCGAAGGUAUCGAUAAAUUUGAAAAUAGAUUAAACUGUGAUGAUGAAUUCGAAGGUGUUGAUGAAUUUGAAAAUGGGUUGGACCGUAAUGAUGAAUUCGAAGGUAUUGAUGAAUUUGAGAAUAGGAUGGAAUGUGAUGAAUUUGAAGGUAUUAAUAAAUCUGAGAAUAGUUCAGUAAUUGAUGAAUUUGAGAAUUGGUCAGAAAGCGAUAGUAGCGAUUCAAGUAUAGCUA